CCAGAAGCUUGGGUAUGUCACCCACACAGUAAAACUACCCACCUUCCGUGAAGACUCUGCUCCGAAUAAAAGAACUCCAACGGGCUUUUCGCUCACAGACACAAGUCCGUUUCCUUCUCCGGCUCGCCAAAAGUCUCCGUUGGGUCCAAACUCAGUUCAACGAAAAUGGCCAAUGCAGCCUCUGGGAUAGAUGUGCAUGACGACUGCAAGUUGAAGUUCUUGGAGUUGAAAGCGAAAAGGACUUAUCGUUACAUUGUUUUCAAAAUUGGGGAUCCCACAAUUGAAAAAGUUCUCGAGCCUACAAAAAGCAAGAUUGAGGUGGAGGAGGUAGUUGUUGAAAAGGUUGGUGAGCCAGCCAAAAGCAAUGCCGAGGAGAAGGUUGUGGAAAAGGCCACUGAGCCAACCAAAAGAAAGAUUGAGAAGGACAAGGUGAUAGUCGAAAAGCUUGGGGAGCCAGCAGCCAGCUAUGCGGAAUUCACUGCUAGCCUCCCUGAUGAUGAAUGCCGAUAUGCUGUUUAUGACUUUGAUUUUGUGACAGCAGAGAGUUGCCAGAAAAGCAAGAUUUUCUUCAUAGCAUGGUCUCCUGACACAGCAAGGGUUAGGAACAAGAUGAUAUAUGCAAGUACCAAAGACAGAUUCAAGAGGGAGUUGGAUGGCAUUCAGGUGGAACUUCAAGCCACCGAUCCAACCGAAAUGGACCUUGAUGUCCUUAAAAGCCGUGCUAACUAAGCGUUGUUCUUCCAGAUCAAUAGACUUCCUAGUUCCUACUGAUAGAACUCGGUGCAGUCUUCUUUCUUCUUUUACUUGGUCGAAUUUUGUUAUGGUUUGUUAAAACAGAAACUUGGGUGGCGAUAAUAUUGAUUGUCAAGUGCUACCAUUACGGUCCUCCAUUUAUUUCGGCGAACAAAUAUGUGGUGUCUGGUAUAUGAGUCCAUUCGAAAUUCACUUGGUGUGAAAUUUGGUUGUGUUUGUUGUUUUUGUUGCCUU